GCACUGAUCCCCCAGUCAGUGUCUCGACCCGCGUGCAGCUGGUGUGCGAGCCAGCCGCCCGGACCACCCGUUUUACUUAACUCAUUUUAAAUCGUUCCGUUAUGAAAUACUACGAAUCUAACCAACCAGUGUUCAAUUAAUAUGAGAACGUGAUAUUUAAAUCAAAUGUGAGACCGUAUUUUAGUGUUGUGGUUAAACUUUAAACGUGAAAUUGUAAGUUUUGAGAAACCGGAGGUGGCGCUAGAAAAAUAACUGUUAGGUUUAAAACAGCUGAUUCAAGAUGGCGGUCCUCGGCAUGGUGUCGGCGGUGGCGGGCUUCGUCAAAGUCCGCUACCUGAUCGACAAGGCCGUGAUCGACAACAUGGUCUUCAGAAUGCACUAUCGCAUCACGUCCGCCAUGCUGUUUCUCUUCUGUAUACUCGUCACAGCUAAUAAUUUAAUUGGUGACCCAAUUUCCUGCAUCACGGAAGGCUCGAUACCGCAGCACGUGAUAAACAACUUCUGCUGGAUCACCUAUACUUUCACGCUCCCCUACAGCCCAGCGGUCGAGCACGCUCACCCCGGCGUCAACAAUCUUGGCAACGAACACACACACGGAGUUGAGGACAAACGCAUUCAUGCUUACUACCAAUGGGUGCCGUUCAUGCUUUUCUUCCAGGGUCUCCUGUUUUACAUCCCUCACUGGAUCUGGAAGAACUGGGAGGAGGGCAAAGUUCGCAUGAUCUCCGAUGGCAUCCGUGGCACGGUAGCCAACAUCUCCGAUGAUAGGAACAAACGACAGAACCGACUCGUCGAAUACCUUUUAGACACGUUGAACAUGCACAACACCUAUUCCUUUGGGUAUUUCUUCUGUGAAGCCUUGAACUUUAUCAAUGUUGUUGGCAACAUCUUCUUCCUAGACAAAUUCCUCAACGGCGCCUUCUUGACAUACGGAACUGAUGUAGUGAGGUUUUCGAACAUGAACCAAGAGCACAGGACAGACCCUAUGAUCGAGGUCUUCCCCAGAUUGACAAAGUGCACAUUCCACAAAUAUGGUGCCUCCGGUUCGAUUCAGAAACACGACUCGCUAUGCGUUCUUGCCCUGAACAUCCUGAACGAGAAGAUAUUCAUCUUCCUCUGGUUUUGGUUCAUCAUCCUAUCGGUAGUCACGGGUCUGGCGCUAGUGUACUCUGCGGCUGUGAUCCUCCUGCCCAGCACUCGUGAGCAGAUCCUGAAACGUCGCUUCCGCUUUGGAACGCCGAAGGGAGUCGAGAAUCUCGUCAGAAAGACGCAGGUGGGUGACUUCCUGCUUCUGCACUUGCUCGGACAAAACAUGUCUAUGCGGGUAUUCGGCGAGGUCCUGGACGAGCUGUCCCGACGGCUCCACAUGGGCUCCAACCCCCCCUCCGCGCCCUCCACCAUCGAGAUGGCCCCCAUAUACCCCAAUAUAGACAAGUUCUCCAAGGAAACGGAGACGUAAGCGACCAUUGCUUUAAAGUAGUACACAAUUUUGUCCAGACCUACUGGCAUGAGUUGCGUGAAUACUAUAUUGCCGAACUUCAAGUAUGCGUGAACGUAACUCAUGCCAGAAGGUCAGUAGUCAUUUGAUAAUUGGCAUAGUGCCUCUAUUAGACUAUCAAAAGGGCAGGGAAAGAUAUUCUUAUCUAAAUCUUGGUAAAGAGGCAUUCGAAGGAAAUGUGUAUUACUUUACAAUGUAACUGGGUUUAUUAAUUUAAACCCCUAGAUAUUCCAGGUAACGAAAAUAGACGGUUCAUGACAUUCCUUUUUAUUAGAAUAGAGAAGACGAAAACGUUGACUACGCAUUGAUAAGAACUAAGCCUCGGUUUGCCUUUUUUCUAAGCUUAAGCUUUAACUUUGGGUCUCAAUGAAAUAAAUUAGUGUAAAAUAUUUUUUCAAAAUUGUACGUUGAUAUUUUGUGAAUAAAAUAGCUAGUAAAUCGAAUUUUAUAGUGUGAACGGAUAGUUGUAAGGAGUGAUCUAAUUGUUACGAUAUUUUAAUUAGUGUGAGACUGUCGCGUAAAGGUCGUUGAUGAUAUAUGUGAACUAACACAAUGAAAUUAUCGAAUUCUAGUAGUUAGAAAUUGUCGUUACAAAACAAAACUGUUUGUUAAAUUUGUGUCUAAGAAAAAACUCAAGAAUGAUGACUUUGAUAACAUAAACGGAAACUCACAGGGACGACCUCUUACAGGGGGGUUAGACGAAACACGUGAGAUAUAUUAUUCUAGUUCAAAAAAUAAAAUAACUCCUUUUUAGUUUUAAAAUAAGCAUAUGAAGACUUGUUCUUAGAUGCAAUUAGUGGUAUAACUAAUGCUUUUAUCUCAAUACUUUUACACUUUAAGCUAACGAUGAAUUCCGUAUUUUAACAUUUUACACCUAACUGACGAUAUUAUAGACUUAAAUUUACACAAAAAGACGAAUACACAUAUCACCAGCAUGAAAUGAUAGAAUAUUACUUUUUACUAGUAAUAGGUACAAAUUAAUUACUUAAGUGGUAGGAUUUCGGUGCAAAUUAUAAGGUACUAAACGCGUAGAGAAUAUUUUUGUACUCAAGUAAGUUACUCGAAAUAUUGUGCCAUUGUAACAAACCUUGUUAUGCCUUUUUGGAUGAAAUUGGACACCAGAUUUGCAUUUUCUGACUUCCUACGAUACUUUGUACAAUUUUCCUUUUUAUUGUCUCGAAUGUUUUAUGCAAAUGAUAUACUUAGUUAUAGUUUAUAAAUUACUUUCAGUCAUUUUAGCCAUAUUCUUAAGAGUAAGUUAUCAAUCAUUUCGAUAGAAACUUCCUACAUCUCCACUUGAAUUUUCCAUAUUGGAUAAAGAAUAGAAUAAGUAGUAAGACGUUACUAUUUCAGUUUUAGCAGUAUGCCUGUGACAUUAACUAUAUUAUUUUACUUUACUACUUAGACAAGAUUUUGUUUUUAUUCCUAAAAUAUGGUAAAUGCCGUAGCCGAUCAUUGCGUACAAUUAUGUAAGAAAGACUGCUACUGUGAAUCUGUUUGCACAUUUUCACGUAGUUUCUAUGUAAUUUGGUUAUAUUUUCUUUCAAAUAAACGAAUUAAAAGUU